UUAACGUCCACUGAGAGCGAACAGGAAGAACAACUUAUAUCACACCUUUUAACCCAUCUCAGUGUCAGUCUCAGAGGGUGAGUGGAUAAGCUCUAAGAAGGGUUGUUCCAGUCUUGGCAAAAUGUCAAAACGUCCAAAAGGCUCCGGACGCAAAGUCUGUUUUUCCCUUGUUCACCAGUACAUUCAACAUUUCAACGAGAAAGCUGGCAACAAGUCAGCUGCAAUCCGGAGAAGAUCGAAAAUUCCUGGGGUGAUCAUCACACAAUAUACAUUGAACAUACCAGAGGGGAAGAGCGUCCCAGAUUUCAAACGUAAAGUAAACCAAGUAAAUGUCCAAGAAGGGAAAUUGGGUGUUUUUAAGGCUUUGGUAACAGCAGAGCCCAAACCUCAAGUGACAUGGAAGCGAGUAAGAGGCAGCAUUUCGGACAAGCAAAAAUAUCAGACUAAAUACGACGACUCAACUGGGGAGUAUAUACUGGAGGUCCGGGCAGUAACGGGUGAAGAUGAAGACACGUACAAAUGCAUUGCUGUGAAUGACUACGGAAAAGCUAUUUGCUCUACAACACUAAAUGUAACAGACCAUGUAACCGAUCCAUCGGAUUUCAGAAAAAUGCUGAGAAAGACGAAUUCAAACAUUUUCGAAGAAAACCAGACAGAGAAAACCAAAGAAAGAGAUGAAAGAUACCGAGACACUCUGCAGAGGGACUACGACGGAUUAGGGACAACAGACAUGCAUUUGAUGCACUUGAAAAUGGAGGAGAGGCAACGAGCGCUAAAAUACCAGAAGGGAAUGAGUCCUCCUGAUGAAGAAAUUCUAAUGAAAAAUGGACUUAUAAAUGGUGGAAACGCAACUGAUGCUGAAAACCUCACAAUUCCUAAUCUGGACUUUGUUGUCAAACUUCAAGAGGCAAUAACAGAAGAAAAAGACACUGCAUUGUUUGAAUGUGUGCUGACCCACCCACUGCCUGAGAUUACAUGGAUGAGCAAAGGCAAUGUGCUAGAAGAUGGUGAAAAAUAUAAAAUAACUGUGUCAGAUCACAAAAUGAUCCACAGGUUGCAGAUUCAGAACUGCUCAGAUGAAGACAAAGGUGACUACUCAGCAGUGGCUGGAAAUGCCUCAUGCACAGCUCCAUUAGAUGUAGAAGCUGACCUCAAAGCAGCAGGUAAGAAGAAAACUGAAGGAGCAGGGAUAGACCUUGAGGAGGUGGUCAGACAGCAGCAAAAGAAAAACCAAGAAGAAAUGGAGAUGAUUUUGGAAGCUGUGAAAGCAAAACAUGACGCCGGGGAACUGACGGAGCAGAAAACAUUAACCACUUAUGGAGAAGAUGGUGAAAUCAUUUCCCUGACUGGACCCGUCCAAUACAGUGGAAGUGACGUACACGAUGCUAACGAUAACAGCAACAUUAUCACUUCAAUGCUCAACGUACUUUCACCAUCAACAGGGGAAAAAUCAGAUGUAACAGAGGACAGUGAUGCUGGAAACCAGAUGGAAGAAGAGACGGCUAAUGCAGGACAAGACGGUGCCAACGCAUGUGAUGAUGUGAAUACGCUUUUCUGUGCAGACGGUGCCAACGCAUGUGAUGAUGUGAAUACGCUAAAAAAGAAAAAAUAUGACAGCUUAUUUAAUGAAGACAGCGAGAAUGAAGAAGUGACUGGGUUUGCUACACAACCGAGGCGUAAAAGAAUUGGUCCGCUGAUCGAAGACAAAGUCAUUGAUCCAGGGGUUCAGUUCAUCUGGGGAUUGUCUGACAUCAAUGCCAUUAUCGGUGAGAAUGCAGAGCUAACUUGUAAGCUCAGCAAGGAAGACUGCGAGGGAGUCUGGUUCCGAGAUGGUGUGCAGAUCAUCACUGAUGACACAUUUAUUAUAUCUAAAGAAGGUGCAAUUCAUAAACUGUUCAUAAUGAAAUGCCAAGAGGAGUACUCUGGGAAAUAUCGUUUUGAGGCAGACAACCGUAAGACAGAGGCGACGGUCAACGUUAAAGAUCCUCCAAGGUUUGACCCAGAAGACCUCAGUGCAUUCACAGAGCCCUUGAGAAUUAAAGUAGGGCACAAUGCAGUCUUUAAAUUAAAUUUUCUCGGCUUCGAGCCCAUUAAGAUCCAAUGGUACAGAGAGGGAGAGGAGCUUCACGAUGACGCCAGCAGCACCAGGAUAGAAAAAGCGACCAAUCACAGCCGCCUGCUGUUGAGCAGAUGCCAGAGGAGGGACUCAGGAGAGAUCAAGAUUAAGCUAAAAAAUGAGCAUGGCACCACUGAGGCAAUAACACAGCUCAUUGUGCUUGACAAACCCACUACCCCACUAGGUCCCGCAGAGAUAACACUUAGUUCAGCAACUUGCAUUGAAUUUAAAUGGAGGCCUCCUAAGGACGACGGUGGUUCACCUGUCAUCAACUACAUCAUGGAGCGGCAACAGAUUGGAAGAAAUACUUGGAAGAAAAUAGGGGAGAUUCCGGGUGUGCCUUUCUACCGCGACACAGAUGUGGACCGUGGGCGCAAGUACUGCUACAGAAUCCGAGCUUUAACCUCAGAGGGUGUGAGUGAAGUGAUGGAGACUGAAGACCUGCAAGCUGGCAUACUUGCCUUCCCUAGUGCCCCGGCACCUCCUAAGGUUGUCAGUGCCUUUGACGACUGCAUUAACCUUACUUGGACUGCACCAAGUAAUACAGGAGGCUCACAAAUUCUUGGCUAUAUUGUUGAGAAACGCAAAAAAGGAAGUAAUCUCUGGACCGUGGUCAAUGCUUCAAAUGAGCCAAUAAAAGAAAAGAAAUGUUCCGUGAAGGAUGUUGUGACAGGUAUGGAAUACGAAUUCAGAGUUUUGGCUGUGAACCUUUCAGGACCUGGGGAAUUUAGCAACCCAUGUGACUUUGUUUUCGCACGAGAUCCCAAAAAACCCCCUGGUAAAGUUAUUGGCUUAAAAGUAGCAGAAACAUCUUACAACCACUUUGUCUUGACCUGGACCAAACCUCAGGAUAAACCUGACAUACAGGAUGAAGCUAAAGGAUAUUUUGUUGAGAUAAGGAAUGCGCAGUGCCUAGAAUGGUCACGAAUUUUCACCAUCACCACCACUUACACGGCUAAAGGCCUGAGGGCGAUGGAUAUGUACUGGGUCAGAGUGAUUGCAACCAAUGAUGGAGGAGAAGGCGAAAUAGAGGAGCUACCAAACUAUGUUCUUGCGAUGCCACCUCUAGUGAGACCAAAAUUCACAAACAAAAAGAUGAAAACAUUCAUGGUGGUGAGGGCAGGAAACUCUGUCAGGGUAACCAUAAACUUUGAGGCUUCCCCACCACCGGAUAUCAUGUGGCUCAAGGACAAUGGGCCUGUACCGAAGCGAGUCACUGUUAGCAACUCAGACGGCGCUUCACAGAUGUUGAUCCCUUUGUCUGAGCGCUCUGAUUCUGGUAUUUACUCUAUUUUGGUGAAAAAUUUGGCUGGACAAGAGACCUUCAGUACGGAAGUCAGGGUCACAGAUGAUCCUAAGCCUCCUGGACCUGUGGAAAUAGAGGAGAACGUGCCUGGCACAGUGCAAGUGACUUGGCAACCUUCUCCCGAUGAGAAGCUUGAUGACAGGCUACAUUACACAAUUUCCAAACUGGACUCGACCAAACAUACAUGGACCACAGUGGCCGACAGACUCUUCAAUAACAAGUUCACUGUCUGCAAUAUCAUGCACGGGAGGGAGUACCAUUUCCGGGUCUAUGCCAAGAAUGACAUGGGUGUGUCGGCACCCUCCGAGUCAGCCACCUGGGCGGUGGGGAAAAAGAAAGAAAAGCUUUCACUGAUCCUACCGAACAGAGAAGAACCAGACCUGCGAUGUGCUCCGGAUUUCAUUGUACCUUUGAAGCUACAUGCAGCACCAAAAGGCUACGAAUGCUACAUGAGCUGCGCUGUGACAGGAAACCCCAAACCUCGUAUCACGUGGUACCGAAAUCACGUCUGCCUGAACACCGACACCAACUAUUACAUCUCCAACACCUGUGGAGUUUGCUCUAUGCUGAUUCUCAGUGUUGGCCCUAAAGAUGUGGGAAAGUACACAGUCACAGCAGAGAACACCGUGGGUCGAUCCGAAUGUUCCACUAUGCUAAGUGUCAGAGAAUGAAGACUAGGUGGACAACCAGGAUUUUUUCCCCCUGUGUUUUUUUAUGGUUAAAACUCCCGGAUCAUCACCCUCUUAUAAUAACUGCCUGUUUUUUUUUUUUUUUUUUUUUUUUUUUUUUU